GUAUCAAACCUAAGCGCCUAAGUCACGCCUCAUAUAUAUAUAUAUAUAGACAGAGAGAGAGAGAAAGAUCCCACAAAAAUUGGUUGCCAUUUCCUCCUCUUCCUCCUCCUCCUCAUCCCCUGUUAACCAAAAGCCACGAAGAAAGAGAAGAAGAGAACACAAGGCUUCAAACUCAGCUCAGAUCAAAUCCAUGGAAUGGGUUCGCGGCGACGUGGUCGGCCAUGGAAGCUUCGGCACUGUCAAUCUGGCUAUACCCAGAAAGCGCAGCCAUGAAGUUCCUCCAUUCAUGGCCGUCAAAUCUUGUGGGUCUUCCCACUCGGGUUUGCUCUUGAACGAGAAAUCGACGCUGGAAGAGCUCAAUGAUUGCCCGCAAAUUAUCAAGUGUUUCGGCGGCGGUUUCAGUCUUGAAAACGGCGAGAGGUUGUGUAAUUUGCUGCUGGAGUUCGCUUCCGGGGGCAGUUUAGCUGAUAAGCUCAGGAAUUGCCGUAACCACCGGCUUCUGGAGUCUGAAGUCCGGCGCUAUUCGAGGUCGGUGCUCGAGGGGCUCCGGUAUAUUCACGGGAAUGGGUUCGUUCAUUGCGAUCUCAAGCUUCAAAAUGUCCUGCUUUGCCAAAAAGACGUUGCGAAGAUCGCCGAUUUCGGUUUGGCGAAGAGAGCUGGAGAGAAGACGGGGCCUGAGUUGAGAGGCACGCCGCUGUACAUGUCACCGGAGAUGGUGGUUUCCGGUGAGCAGGAGGCUCCGGCCGACGUGUGGGCCCUGGGGUGUUUGGUGGCGGAGAUGGCGACCGGAGCUCCGGCCUGGCCGUGCCAGCCGGAUGCCGACCUCUGCGGCCUGCUGAUGAGAAUCGGGGUCGGCCAGGAAAUCCCGGAGAUUCCAGGAAACUUGUCCGCCGAGGGAAAAGAUUUUCUCGGAAAAUGCUUCGUGAAGGACCCCAGAAAGAGAUGGACGGCCGAGAUGCUUCUGAGCCAUCCCUUCGUCGUUGACAGCUGCGAAUUUUCUUAUUCCGACUCGCCGAGAGGGCCGUUGGACUUGCCGGAAAGCGAGUUCGGGCAGUCCUCUAGCUCAAUUACUUCUUUGCCCCUGCCGGAAUAUUUCAACCCAUUGUCGUCCAGCAUCUCUCCGGCGAACAGGGUCCAGCAGCUGGUAACAAAUCAGAGGCCUGAUUGGUCUGUUACAGACAGUUGGCUCACCGUCAGAUGAUUCGACUGAAUCCAAGAUUUUUUUUUUUUUUUUUCUUUCACCAGAUUUUACGGCAAUUAUUUGAUUUUUUUUUUUUAAAUAUUGUUGUAAAUACAGAGGACCGGUAUUUGGAGCCUGACAUCAUUGUAGAGUUCAGAAUCAUCAGAAGGGUUGAGUGUACAGUGAUUUUCCUUGCCUUGCAAUUUGAUGAGAAAUAAUAAAUAGUUGAUAUUUUCUCGGAAA